AUUUUAGCUCAAUAAUAGUUCAGUAAUUGGACAACAGCUCCUGUCAGUGAGACAACACAAAAUCCCCUGCGAUCCGGAUUGGAUGGAGUGAAAAGUUGACGGCAGCAAACUGAAAAGGAAGAAAUAAUGAUGGAGAAUGAUAACCAACAAAACAACUGUGUCACUGGGAAUCGCAAUGAAGCUGGAUUCGGAUCUGUCGAGAGCACGACAUCCUCAAAUUCUGACUCUGAGGCUAUUUGUGGUGGCGCAUUUUACGAAUCUGAUGACAUUGACCCGAAGAUGCGAAUUUGCACAGAGGAUAUCUUACUCAUUCAAGACAACAGGGCAAGUUUAAUGCGCAAUGUCAAGCGUGAGAAGAGUCUGUCGACAAUAGUUUACGAGGGAACUGAAGGAACCGGUAAAAUGCAAACUAUGACUAUAUCGGCUGACAGUAACCACAUAGCGGAGACAACCGAGCUACAACUGAACAAUUCCAACAAUAGAAUGUCGUCGGAUGACGAUGAGCAUGGAGACCUGCAAAAAGAAUACGAAACCCUUAUGGAGGAAAAUCAAAAACUAAAAAACCAAACUCAGAAGAAAGACUUACUAAAGCGCAAGAUUUCGAUGUUACGCAAAGAAAAUGAGACAUUAAAGUCCGCUCAGGAACAGCAGCUCAGAGAAAACUUGAAACCGGACAGCUCGGAGCCGAACUCUCAACCAAAUCACAGUAGCAGUCCUCGCGAGUCAACUAGCAAAAGUGAUAAAGAGCAAGGGGUGUUUGCAAAGUCAUUUCUGUUGACCAGUACACUAGGAGGAAUAUACAUAGAGCCGAUAGAUGGUUCCAACGGAAUAAAGGUCCCAGAUGGGAACUCUCUAUCACCCACCUCCUUCAACAACAUCAUCUCCAGCUCUUCGCCUACAUCCAGCUACGUGUACAAGCCAGAUAAAACGACCAGCACCACAGAAACACAAACCCUGUCCACCUUCCAUCCUCCUGCCACCUCCAGCGCCAAGUCCGUCUACCACUACUCUCCCCGGGUUAAGGUAGCUACUACUGAGGAGGAUGAAGAGGCUCAUCGGUUCGUACAGGAGUUCAAAGCAAGGAGAAUCGCACUGAAGCUGACUCAGAGUGACAUUGGAGAGGAGCUGAACCUGCGAGCUGGAGCGAGGUACGGUCAGAGCUACAUUUCCAGGAUGGAGAGCAUUCAACUUAGUACUGCUAUCGUUCUGAGGAUGAAACCUCUGCUGCUGAAGCUGUUGGAGGAGAAGGAAGAUGAGCGGAGACGAAUGAAGCAAAGUAUGGACUUUGACGAAGAGGAGUACCAUAUUGACAGGAAAAGAAAGAAGAGAACAAACUUCACUCCUGAGCAGUCCCUGCUGCUGACAAAGUACUUCGCUGAUCAACCAAGACCUUCUCCUCAGGAGAUCGACGACAUUGCCAGAAAGAUCGACGUUGACCGCAACUCUGUAAAGAUGUGGUUCAACAACAAGCGGCAAUCUGAAAAGUUUAGAGGAACCUCCUUACCAGGUAUUGGUUCUAUCAACUCUGUCGGCUCCUUGAAUCCGUAUGCAAGUCCGUACGCCGCGAUGCCGUCUUCAUUCCUCAUGUCUGGUUUGAUGUCCAACAUGGCACAGAAUGCCAUGAACCCAAUAGUGACGACCUCCUCGCUCAACAACCUAAAGUUGGAUUACAACCUGAGCAGUAAAAUUCCCAGCACCACGCUGAGCUUGGAGAAUGUGAACCUGGCAACUACCCAGGCACCAUUUGUCUUCAACAAAGAUUUGAACCAGCUCUACACCGCCGAGACAGCUGCUCGCAUCAACAAUGCUGUGAACAACAAUCUUAAGAAAGACUGUCCUACCAGCAAAAUGAACGACAACAACGCUGGACAACCUUUUUCCCUAGCCUCGCAAACCUCAAACCCGUUCAUUUUCAACAAGGAGCUGACGUCCCUGUACCAGAACAACUCCCAUGACCACCACAAGGUGAGCAACGACCUGGCUCAGCUCUACAAGGAACGAGUCAGUGAAGCUCACGCAAACGGUAACUUCACCCUGCCGAGCAGCCCUCCCACCACUAUGCACAGCAUGCAGCGAACAAUCAAAUCCAUCUCACCUCCAAGCUCUACUCCUGCCUUCUCGCUCAGUCAGAGCCUCAUCAACCGCACCCUUUCUCAAGCUGCGAUGAGUCAAGAAAGCAACACAACUUCCUCGCCCAAGUUCUCGAGGUCGCCCUGAUGAACAGUAGAGAACAUGUUAAAGCGGUCUGGUACUACAGACUGCAGCUGCACGCCGGCCAGCCAAUGUACAGACUCCUCUGUACUGAACCUGGUCUAUUUCAAUGAAAGACUGCAACAGUGUUUUGAGAGAAGUGACCUACUGGCACAGUGAGUGCCGCGCAGUGAGCGCCGCGCAGUGUGUGCCGCGCUCUACUGGUGCACUGAGUGCCGUUAAUAUGCUCUGUGGACGGUAAUGUCAAGUUCGCGAUCUGUGAAGUGGGGCAGGAGACUGCACCCGGGGUACGCUUGCUCUAGUACCGGGCCCUCCUGCUCCAUCUUGUUUGCGAAAUGCUGCCAUAGUUAUCUAACAAAUAUCUUUAGAACAAACAACUUUUGCCGCUCUAAUAGUGUGAUUUCAUUUUCAAUGCCUGCCGUUUAAAAUUAUCAAAUCUGUUUAAAAUGUUAGAAAAUCUUUUGGCAUUGGGUGAAACUCGCCAAAUAUAAAAAGGUUACCGCACGCCGUACAGUUGGGCACUUGACACCACCCUGACCCUGACCAGACAACACCAAAAUGAACCAUGUCUCCUAUUGGUACCUGGGCUGAGCUGUUGUCGAGUUCCUACCUGACUAUUAUCAAUAUAAACUGAUUGUCUUUUCUUGGUUCGAUGUCUUUUUCCAUCAUGCUUGAUGAACGAACACUUACAUUAUAUUUGCAUAGUCUUUCGCACGAGCUCCCGUGUUUCUAGCCAAUACCACGUGACAUAAAAAAACUUAACCUACAUCCUAGAUGCUCCAUGACAUCUCAAAUACAUGAAACUUCAUGUUACUCAUACGCCUUGCUCCUUUCUCAAUAUUUCAAUCUGAGAAUAUCACUUAUUAAACAAAUCAACACCACAAAUCAAAUAUUAUGUCACGUGAUUUUGCUAGGGAUGUAAUGACCCUUGUUUCCCCUAGCAAAGGGACUGUUUUCCCUAGCAACUGGACUCCUCCUAAGAUCGCUCGGGGACAUCACCCUCAGAGAAAUAAAAUAAUUUGCAUGACCCAACAUUUUGUUGCAAUAUUAUAUUUGGUGAGGAGGUUGAGCCGCUAUUUUCUGGGAUUCAACUCUUGAGCCCCCACUCUUGAUAGUUCGAGUAUUUUAAAGCAGUUUGAUUUUUAAAAUAUAUUAUUACAAUAGAAAAUGUUCAGGAAUGUCCACACUUCAGGUGUGUUUUCUGUGUUAGUACCUUUGCCAAAGUAUUGUAGUAUCUGGUAAUAUAGUGAUGUAGUAUUAAUAACUGUAAGCGAUAAACAGCUGUAAUCUGAUAGAUACCUCUCGUGCGUUUUAGUAAUUUUGUUUCAACUGCCGGUUCACUCCUCCCUGCCAAAAUAAUUCUUUUAAAUAACCUGCAUCAUCCCCGAAAAGCUUGUCUUUUCAUUUCCAAAUUUCACUAGAUAUACAUAUCACUUACUUCUGGUAUGAUCAAGCUUUUUUUGGUGGCUUUUUAGAAUUGUAAAACCUCGCACGGUGUGAACUGGCAGAGUUCUAUCUUUUGGUGCAUGGAUGGUAAAUCCCCAUGCCCUAGAUAACAUAAUACAAUAUAUACAUAAUACUAUAUAGAACUGUUUAGAUGGCGGGCUAUCUGGUCACUUACGUGACCGGCCACGCCCUUUUCGGUAUGCUUUAUUGUAACUAGUGUUAUGUGUAAGUGACUGAGAUACGUGUAUAUCAAAUACGGUUCAUGUUUCAUAUUUAUAACAUUCCAAAACACAACUCCCCGUUCAAGAUUUUGAUUGUAAAAGAGAUGAUGAUUUCUCUUUUUGGUUAAAAUUUACUGCUUUUAAUGAGUAAAUAUAAAAGUUAAUGAUUUUCCUUGGAGUUAUGUUUUAAGCUUUGCUGUUUGUGCCUUAAUUUCCCGAUAUAUUGUAUGAUACAUUGUUCAGAAUCCCUUUCUGACUGCCCCCUCAAAACGAAAGUAAUAAUAAUGCCAGUUGAUAACUCAAAUAUAACGUAUUGAAUAUUGUGAUUUGUAGUUUCAUAUUUACAUUAGUGGAGGGGCCGCGGAAUGACGCACCGGAAUGCAGUGUAGUUCCGAGGCCCCUAGCAAGGUUUCACAUGUCACGUGUUGCCCCUAGCAAGGUUUCACGUGUGUUCCUGAGAUAAUAAUGUGCGGACAACCAACUUUCUUUUUUGUUCUGCAAGCAGCAAAUAUCAUGAUUUGUAAUUCUCACAAUUUGUAUGGUUGUCCGGGCAUUAAAGUAGAUUGAUGAAAGGUGUAUGCACUUUUCAAGGUUGGUUUACAUUUUGGUCCGUGUAUAAUAUUUACUAAUGAUUUGGAUGGAGUUUUACCAGUAGCCGCCCUAUUUUGUCAGCCCUAAAACAUAGGAUAGACGACGGACAGGUUUCCGGGAAUUGAAAUACCUACACAUCUUUCUAAAACUCAAUUUAUGUUGUUUUUAAAACGGCUAUGGUUAUUGAGGCUGGUCCUUGAGUUUUCCUAAUAUUUAUAUACUGUGUGAACUGCUGACGCACAUUUUUAGGGACCUGUUUACUACGAAGUUUAUUUCAUUUCCUUUAAUUCUAUAUUAACAGUUUGUGCAUAACCACAAGUUUUUUUUGGGUUUACGGUUUGCUGAAAGUCUUAUCGAGUUUGUAAAAUACUAAAUUAUAUAGCAUACAGUGUUAAAGUAACGACUUGUCGUGACUAACUAGUUUUGGGCGAUGUUAAUACUGUUUAGUGUUGUGGCAUGGAUGUAAUGUUACAUAGCUCCUCCCAUGUCGAAAUGAAGGGCCAGUAAAAGUGGCAGAAGAGAGUGGGGUAUUCUUGUAGACUCACUCUGCAUAGUGGGCCAUCAAGCUCACUUUGUGUGUUCUGGGGCAAAUCUGACACGUGACACUUCGCGCCUGAUUUGUUCUCAGCAACACUUAUCAUAUGAUAUUAUCAUUGGUCUAAGUAUUGUAUAGGGCUACUAGUGAUACGCACUCAUAAAAUUGCUGAUUCUCUCGUGUUAGCGGAGACUUGUGCCUGCUGCUAGCUUUUCUAAAUCCUCAACAAAUUUGCCAUUUUACCGUCAAAUUUCGUUUAACAAUUUUAAAUUACAAUUUUGUUUCUUCUAAUUUUAUUUAGAAUCCGCUGAACUGAAAGAUUUCUUUUGACAAAUUUCAUGAACAACCCUCCCAUAUUACAAAUCACUAUAAAAUUCCUCCAAAAUUAGCCUCGCCAGAACAUUGUAUCCCAAGACAGGGACAGAAUAUAAAGCUUGCAGCAAGCCUUCGGACGUGAUCCGCGGUAUGCACUCUCUUAGUCUCGUAAAAUAGCUGUUUUGUUUUUAAUACGCUACUGGGUGGUUCGAAUUUUUAAUAUCCCUCCUAAUAUUUAAUUUUUGAUUUAGGUAACCUUACAUUUUAACAUUUAACCAGCAAGUGCACGUCGAAUUAUCCUUUCAAUUUAAACUGAAAUGGCCAUGGAGAUAGUAAGCUUAUUUUGAGGAAAAGGUUAUAUUUUCAGAUAUUGCUUUCAGUAAUUUGGAUAUGAUAAAUUGUUAUGAAUCAUGUGUGUGUGCGCUGUUUUGAAUUUUAAUGGAAGCAAUAAUAAUAAUAAUACCCUGCAAUGAAACUUAAUGAUAAUCGACCCCAAUUAUGUUUGAAAAA